AUGCCGUCCAGCGCAAUCAACGCUGAUUUUAUCGACUACGACAACACCGAGAAGACUCGUCGCUCUAUCGAAAGGGCCAUUACCGACGAGAUGGACAAGUUUUCUCUGAACCACAGUCCCGAACGCGAUUUCCGCGGAGAAGACAAUACCCCAGACUCAAUGCAACGGAACAAGUUCUUCGAAGACUCGCCAGACGCGAAAGACUUGGACAGGCACUUCCGAGAUUUCAGCAUGGCAGGUCCUGGAGACGGUGCUAGUGAAUUGAGCUUCAGCAUUGAACGCGGACGAGGUGUGCCGAAGGAGCUCGGAACGCCCGGAAUCAAGUCAUCUGAUUUCGGCGUGCGCGGACCCUUCUCUGCGUCUUCAUCCAAACCACCAUAUGUCUCCGACCGUCACCUCAACAUGCAAUCCCCCUCCAACGCGUCAUCUCGAUCGGAUUUCGGCGGUCUAGCAACAAACAUCAAGCGCUCUUGGUCGCCUAUCGAGAACACUCGCGAUCUGUCCUUUGAAUGGGACAAGAAGAAGCAAAGCGCGUCGAGUGAGAUCAAGAGAACGACUUCUGCAGGUACGAAUGAGGGAUACACUGGACGAAGCAGGUUGAUGGACGCAUUGGAGAAGGUGGUUGGUGAGGAGAGUCUUGACCAAGCGCGGCCCCGGAGUGCGAUGGAUUCAAGGUUCGCGGGCGCGAAGAGUCCAGUACCGGGACAGUACAGGAAGUCGACAUACGAUGAUGCCGCGACUCCACGAGCGAAGGACGCGUCGAGAUACACCAGCGUCAAGCAGACCAGUUCCCCUGUGCCAAAGGGUUUCAAGAACCAGACCAGCUUCAUGCAAGAAAUCGGUUUGGACCAGAAGUCUCGCGCGGAAAAGUCAUUCCAUCCAACUCAGCAGUACACCGCGUCCUUCCGUAUCCCGGACAUGACCAACAUCUCAGCGCUUAUGUCUGAGGGCCCCAAACCCUCUCCUGGUGCUAGACGCGACGGCGCAAAGCACGUUAACAUCAACUCUGUUCCCGUCUCCGACGACGAUGAGAAGAUUCUGACUGCAUUGCGAACACUCCAGGAUAAGAUCAACUGGUUGGAGAACCAAAACGCGAAUGCCGGACAGAGAGUCGUCAGUUUGGAGGAGGAACUCAGGCAUGUCCGCGGAUUGUACUACGCUGAACAAAAGCGCGCGCAGGCCGCGGAGGAGGAGAGCCGAUUGAGGUUGCAGAGAACUGACUCUGGUGUGCACUCGGAUACCGACCAUGCGGAGAUCUUGGCAAGGGAGAGGGAUGAGAGGAGGAGAGUCGAGAGCAAUGUCAGGGGUUUGGAGGCCAAGAUUGCUAGCUUGGAGAGACAGUUGGAUGCUGACCGGGUCCUUGCUAAGAACCUUGAGGAAGAGAGGGACGAGGCUGUCAGGGCUUUGGCUGGCGCUUUGGAUGAUGCCGAGAAGUUGAAGGUGGAGAACGAGCGUCUCCGUGCUGAAGUUGACAAACUGAGACGGUCUGUGAAGGAGAGCCAGGAAAGGAGUGCGAAAGACCGCAUUCACGAGAGGGUGGAGAGGGAGAGAAAGGUCAAGCCUCAAGCAAGGCAGGUUCAGAUUGAGGUUGUCGAAGAUGAUGAUGAUGUUGAGAGCUUUGUUGACGAAGGUGUUGAGAGGUCGGGACAGAAUUCGUCGUCAUUUGUCGAUGCGGUAGAGGUUGAGUCUAUCCGCAAAGAAAUGGAGAGCGAGAGAAGGAAGAAGGCACCUGCUUUCCAGAGGCGCAGUGUGUCUGCUCCUGUACCGAAGAAGAUUACCGUCAGCAAGGCUGUUGGCACCGAGCCUGUCAAGAAGGUAAGGAGCGUGAGUGUUCAGGUGCAGAAGGCGCCCAAGUCUACGAAGAAGGUAGUCGUCAAGGACGGUAAGAGGGUAAGGAAGGUGAUCAGGCAGAUCGUCGUGGAGGAGACAGAUUCCGAGAUGGAGGAGACGGAGGAGACGGAGGAGGAAGAAGAGUCUGAAAUUGAGUACGUGAGCGAGGAGGAAGUCGAGGUCUUGCCCAGAUCUACCUGGAUCGGUGAGAAGCCGAAGGCUAUGGGCAAGGCGCAGACGCAGAAGAAGGUCGAGAAGCCCAAUGUCAACUCGAAUGUGCAGAAGAUCAUUGAAGGAUUGGCGCACCACAACUCAGCCUCCUGCUCCGUUUGUACGAGGAAGAGGAAUAAGGAGAGGCAAGCACAGGCCGCGAAGGAGGCUGCUGCCAAGACUGCUCCCGCUUCAUCGGCACAGAACGGCGUUGACGACUCUCAGGCUACUAUCCGUCCCUCUAUGCACCCUCACACCGCACUCACCUCCGUCCUCUCUCAACUUGAAGACGAGUUCCGUCAUCUCAAGCUCCACUACCAGGAGUUGUUGCAGGAAUACGAGGUGAUGGAUCCUGCGGUUGGAAAGAGGAGGAGAAAGGCGGUUGCUUCUCGUUUGAGGGAUAUCAUUGAGGAGUUGGAGGCCAAGGCGGAUCAGAUCUAUGCGUUGUAUGAUGUGCUCGAGGCAGCGAAGGAGGAAGGAAGUGUCAUUGAUGAGCCGGCGCCGAAGGGGAGGAGCGCGAACAUGAGGGCAUGGAUGGAGGCCUGA